UCUUGAUUGAAUGAUGAUUUUAUUGUCGUUAGUCUGUUGAUGUGAAUCUGACUUAAAUUUAAGCUCCUAAAUUAACUGAUUUGAAAUGUCGGCGGUAGUUAUUUUUCUGAUAGUUUGUACAGUGCUCAUGGUGCAAGCGAACCCUCUCAAACCUAUCGAUGGUGAUAUUGUGGGUGGAAGAUCUAUUGAUUGGUCAAAAGUUAAGAUAGGAUAUUUAGUUCCAAGUGACUUAGAUGAUUAUCUACGUGAAAUUGGUAUUGAAUUAAAAUUCACUCCGCCAACAUCAGAACAAAAAAGUGGGAAGACACCAUAUCAAGUUGGAAUAGCUUUGACCAAAUCAUCCAAAACAAAGUGGUGUAGUGGAGUGUUGAUUUCGGAUAAAUUUGUUGUAACUGCCGCUCACUGUUUGAAUGGAGUGGAUAAAGGAGCUAUCUUUCUUGGAGUAAGCAAUAUUCAAUCCCAAUCCGAGGUUGUCACAUUCGUGUCCAAUGAAAACUUUAUUAUUCACGAAGAUUGGAAUUCAGAAGAUAUGUUGAAUGAUAUAGCUUUAAUUAAACUUCCCAUUGUCGUUAAAUUUACAGAAAAAAUUCAACCCGUUCGAUUUCCAUCUCAAAUCACAGGGGUUGAAACUCUUCGAGGUAGUGCUGUUGUUACAGGGUGGAGUCAGUGUUCCAGUUCCGUGGAAGCAACUUUCGGACUUCUUCAGCGUGCUGAGUUACAAAUUGUCAGUAAACAAAUUUGCCAGGAAGCUUCCGACGUUAACAUCCAUAAGGAAAACAUUUGCACGCAAGCCCAAAGCAACUAUCAAGGUGAUACAGGGGAACCUUUAUUAGUGUAUGAAAAUGAGCUACCAAAGCUUCUGGGUCUAUAUUCAUACGGGCAACGAGAAGGUUGCUUACUUGGAGGUUUAGCUGUAUUUACAGACGUAACUUUAUAUAUUGACUGGAUAUCAGCAAAAACUGGCGUUUAUUAAAUCCUAGAAAUUAUCCACUUAAUUAAUGCCCACGAUUUACCCAUUUAUAUAUAAUAAAAUCAAAAAUUCGAAAAAAACAUGGGAAUGAAUUUCAUGCUACGUAUUGUAAAUUUACUUUCAUUAAAGUUUAUGGCACAGUAAAUCUGCUGUUAGUCUAGGUCUAAUAUAUUCAUAUUGUUAUUAACGAAUAUAGAAGUUAGUUGCUCAACAAA